AUGUCUCUGCCUAAUAAAACCAAGUACGUUCUAGUCUAUGGUGAUUCAUACUCAGAUGAUUCAGCAGAUAUUCAGCCAGGGACAAAACGAACAAAUGGACCUAUAUGGAGUCAACAACUAGCAGCCGAAUGGAACAUUAAGCUUAUUUCACAAGCAAAACCAGGUGCUACAUUUUGCAAAAAUUCCAAUAAGAAUGGUAGCUGGUUGCAAAAACAGGUGGAAGACGGACAACAGCAAAUAGGUAGCGUUAUGGGAGAAGAAGGAAGUAAUUCAGUCAUACAUAUCAUAUUUCUGGGAGUAACAGAUCUAAUGGAAACAAAAGUAGAAGCCGCUACUGAAUCAAUAAACUAUUGGUUACAAUGCAUUAAGGAUCAAGUGACAUACAUUCAAACCAAAAAUCCCAAAGCGCAAAUUAUUGUUAUGGGUGUACCUGCUUUGGAAUUUUCUCCUUACGCGUUAUUACAUAAGCAAUCUACAGUCAAUCUAAAACAGAAUAUUAUCGACUUCAACGCUGCCUUGGAGGACGAACUUUCCGAAUGGCAACAGCAGCAAAGCACCAGCAAUGUUAACUUUUUUGACACCUAUUCUGUUUUCAGCAAUGUAUUGGGUGAUCCAACCAGUAUAGCCGGCAUCAAAAAUGUCAACGAUGCUUAUUGGGAUGUAUGUCAAGGCCGAUGUGCUGACCCUGUCAAUGAUUAUCUUUGGUGGGAUAGCAUUCAUUUGACAGGAAGUGGUCAUUAUGCCAUUUCAAAAGCUAUACAGUCUGAAGGAUUUUUUACGACAGAAGCAAUAACAUCAACAGCAACAGAGAUGAGCAGAGUAUCGUCACCAUAUAUUCGUUUUGUCUCUUGGUUCAUUUUAUUGAGCAUAGUGGCCAUGAUAUUGUUUAUGUUAAGGCAUAAUAGAAUUGUGGUUUCUUUAAAGAAGAAAUUGCAAAUGAGCGCUGCUAAAAUAUAUCCCUCAUGUGCUCCGAAUAGAGGUACUCAUGAAUAUACUCUUGUUUGA